CUGGGGUAUAUUCUACUCAGAACGUGCACACUGGUACCAGAGGUUUGCACUUGCCGGCAGUCAGAAGCUUCGGAAUUGUUCCUGAAUUCGCCAGAUAAUUAUUACUUUCAACAUUCAGAAUGACUGACAAGAAGGCAGUUAUCAAAAAUGCGGACAUGUCCGAGGAGAUGCAGCAGGAUGCUGUGGACAUUGCCACCCAGGCACUUGAGAAGUACAACAUCGAAAAGGACAUCGCAGCUUACAUCAAGAAGGAGUUUGACAAGAAGUACAACCCAACCUGGCAUUGCAUUGUAGGGCGCAAUUUUGGCUCCUAUGUAACCCAUGAGACCAAGCACUUCAUCUACUUCUACCUUGGCCAAGUGGCUAUCCUGCUUUUCAAAUCUGGCUGAAGUCUCAAAGGGCACAUCAUAACACGAAGAACAGAAGACAGAGGUUGAUAUUUACAUAGGACAUGACUUCCGAAAGGCAGAUUUUUUUUCACACAUCUUCGUCUACUGUCCCUACGAACUUUUGAAAAAGCUUCAAAAUGUCUGCUGGCAGCUGUGCUGAGAGCUUGGCUCGAACCUCUUGUCUUUUCAUCUUUUGUAUGAAUGAAGGUUGUUUCCAGAAACACAGGAAGCAAAAUAAGUCCUCUGUUAUUUGUUGCAGAUGAAAGUUAAUUUAUUGUCUUUCUUUUGUAUAGUGCUUAUCUCGGGAAGAUAACUUGUUCUUGUGUGCGUUGUGUGCAUCAGCAUAAUAAAACUUCAUCUCUCAUG